AUGCUUGAUAGAAUUGAAUCGACCUAUAUCGGUAUAGGUCUCGUAUUACGAAUAUUUCUUUUCUUUCAAACAAGAAUACGAAAUUAUUUUGAAGAUAGCGGAGAAUUUGUUACACCACUAAAUUCAUGGAAACGAGUUAUCGAAGGAAUUUAUCUGCGAAAACUCAAUUUAUCACCAUUUGUUGGUUCAAUCGUUCAUGAAACACCACUUUCACUUUUCUUCUAUUCAAAAAUAUAUGCAAUAACCAAUGGUCAUGUUGAAUGUAUAUUUAUUGCAAUUGAUCUUCUAAAUGCUUUUCUUACUUACAAAGUAGCACGUCGAAUUUUAACACAACUUUUCAAUGAACAAACAAAAGAAAAAUCAACAUAUAAAGAUGAUAGUCAGUUAUUAUGGUUAACAAAAGAAAAUCUUCGAAAAAGUGCUUAUGCUGUUUUACUUUGUGCAAUGAUAAAUCCAUUAUCUAUUGGAACAUGUGUUGCUAAAUCAAGUUUAGUUUUUCAUAAUCUAUUACUUACAAUGACAUUUUAUUUCUUUAUGACAUAUCAAUUAUUACCAUUUAUAAUAACAUUAUGUUUAGCUAGUUCAGUUUCACUCUAUCCAAUUGUUUUAAUUGCACCAGCUUUACUUCAAUUUUCAAAAAAUAAUUCCAAUCAACGAUCAAUCAUUCGUAUCUUUUUUGUGUUAAUUCUAUUUAUUAGCGUAACUAUUGGUAUACUUUUUUUAAAUUUCUUUCUUAAUCAUCAAUCAUGGUCAUUUCUUGAAUCAACAUAUAGUUUUAUAUUUCACGUACCGGAUUACACACCAAAUAUUGGUAUAUUUUGGUACUUUUUUACGGAAAUGUUUGAUCAUUUUCGUUCAUUAUUUGUCUGGACAUUUCAAAUGCAUGUUCUAUUACUCUAUAUAUUUCCAUUUACAAUUCGAUUAAGAAAUGAUCCAAUAUUUCUUUUUUGGCUUCUAUGUGCAAUAUUUUGUACAUUUAAAUCCUAUCCGGCUUAUGGUGAUGCAACAUUCUAUUUUAAUUAUUUACCAAUAUGGAGUUUUCUUUUUCGAUAUGUACGACAUAGUCUUGUUAUUAUUUGUAUGAUUUUGGUAGCUUUUUUAAUGGCACCAAUAACAUGGUAUCUUUGGAUAUAUGCUGGAAGUGCAAAUGCAAAUUUUUAUUUUGCAAUGACAAUGGUAUUCAAUGUUGCACAAACAUUCCUUAUUUCUGACUUACUUUAUGCUUAUAUAAAACGAAAAUUUUUACUUAAAAAUGGCCUUACUGUUCCAGAAUUCAAUGGUGUGGAUGGUCAAUUAGAAUUUCGUUAA